UCCACCGUCAAAGCAAUUAGCUUGGAGAUCUAUACCAACAUGAAAUUGUUUAUAGCAUGCAUCUUCAUUGCCGCCGCGACGGCUGCAGUGCUUCCCGUCGAACAAGCCAGGCACCGUCGUGACGUCUCCGAGAUCGAGAACGAGUACAUCCCGCCAUCGGAGGAAGUUGGCGCCGCCGCCCCGCUUGGGGAGCUGGCCCAAGACUCCGCAGCUGUGGGAGAUGAUGGAUACCGCUACAAGACCGUGCGCCGCCUUAAGCUGCGACAUCGCCGCGACGUUUCUGAAAUUGCCAACGAGUACCUGCCCCCUAAUGAGGAGGUUGUUGCCGAUGCCGCCGUCGGGGCACCAGUGGAGGAAGCUUCUCAAGACUCUACCGUUCUUGCCGCCGAUGGAUACCAGUACAAGACCGUGCGUCGUCUGAAGUACCGCCAGCGCCGUGAUGUGUCCGAGAUCGCAAACGAAUACCUGCCCCCUGAGGAGGUAGCCACCGAGGCUGCUUUGGUUGAGGCACCCGUUGAGGAAGCCAGCCAGGAUUCUGCUGUUCUUGCCGCUGAUGGAUACCAGUACAAGACUGUGCGUCGUCUGAAGUACCGACAGCGCCGUGAUGUGUCCGAGAUCGCAAACGAAUACCUGCCCCCUUCUGAGGAGGUUGCCACCGAGGCUGCUUUGGUUGAGGCACCCGUUGAGGAAGCCAGCCAGGACUCUGCUGUUCUUGCCGCUGAUGGAUACCAGUACAAGACUGUGCGUCGUCUGAAGUACCGCCAGCGUCGUGAUGUGUCCGAGGUCGCCAACGAAUACCUGCCCCCUUCUGAGGAGGUUGCCACCGAGGCUGCUUUGGUUGAGGCACCCGUUGAGGAAGCCAGCCAGGACUCUGCUGUUCUUGCCGCUGAUGGAUACCAGUACAAGACUGUGCGUCGUCUGAAGUACCGCCAGCGUCGUGAUGUGUCCGAGAUCGCCAACGAAUACCUGCCCCCUCUGAGGAGAGCCACCGAGGCUGCUUUGGUUGAGGCACCCGUUGAGGAAGCCAGCCAGGACUCUGCCGUUCUUGCCGCCGAUGGAUACCAGUACAAGACUGUGCGUCGUCUGAAGUACCGCCAGCGUCGUGAUGUGUCCGAGAUCGCCAACGAAUACCUGCCCCCUCUGAGGAGUGCCACCGAGGCUGCUUUGGUUGAGGCACCCGUUGAGGAAGCCAGCCAGGACUCUGCUGUUCUUGGCGAUGGAUACCAGUACAAGACUGUGCGUCGUCUGAAGUACCGCCAGCGUCGUGAUGUGUCCGAGAUCGCCAACGAAUACCUGCCCCCUUCUGAGGAGGCCACCGAGGCUGCUUUGGUUGAGGCACCCGUUGAGGAAGCCAGCCAGGACUCUGCUGUUCUUGCCGCCGAUGGAUACCAGUACAAGACUGUGCGUCGUCUGAAGUACCGCCAGCGUCGUGAUGUGUCCGAGAUCGCCAACGAAUACCUGCCCCCUUCUGAGGAGGUAGCCACCGAGGCUGCUUUGGUUGAGGCACCCGUUGAGGAAGCCAGCCAGGACUCUGCCGUUCUUGCCGCCGAUGGCUACCAGUACAAGACUGUGCGUCGUCUGAAGUACCGCCAGCGUCGUGAUGUGUCCGAGAUCGCCAACGAAUACCUGCCCCCUUCUGAGGAGGUUGCCACCGAGGCUGCUUUGGUUGAGGCACCCGUUGAGGAAGCCAGCCAGGACUCUGCCGUUCUUGCCGCCGAUGGCUACCAGUACAAGACUGUGCGUCGUCUGAAGUACCGCCAGCGUCGUGAUGUGUCCGAGCUGGCCAGCGAGUACCUGCCGCCCACCGAGGAGGUGGUCGCUGAUGAGCCCGUCGAGGAAGUGGCCCAGGACUCCGCCGUUCUCGGCGACGAAGGCUACAAGUACAAGACUGUGCGCCGUCUGAAACAGCGCCACCGCCGCGCACUGUAG